GAAUUUGUUUAAUUAGGUUUUACAGCUACGACAGCAAUGUGAGUGAAAAAAAAAGACUGCUCCAGAAGACAUUUGGAAAAGUCAUAAAUACAAACAUAGUGCAAAUUGAUCAUUAUAUAUUUUCCAGAAAAGAGAAGUGUGCUCUGAAAAUGCGGUUUUUUAGGUCAGCAAAGUUUUUUAAAGAAAAGAUCCGUAUCGUUACAUUACAUCACAUUUCAGCCAAUGGCGUUUCGCCAAGUUUUGACAGCUCUGACGCCACACAUCGAUGUAAACAGAAACAGAAGCUUGGGGAAGGGCAUCUGUUCGCUCAGCUGAGAGGCGAAGCUUGGUUCAUCAUCGAUCGAAAGUGUCCUUUACCAAGAAAUUAUUUAAGUAUAUCUCUACUGUAAAUUCUAUCACCCUUUUGAAAAGCCAAAGAUUCAUCCAACCAGAGCGGAAAAACUCAUUUCUUGGAGAAAAAUUUUGCAUUCAUCCAUCCCACCACCAACAUGCUGAGUGCGUUGGCCAAGUACAUCUUCGGAGGCAUCAUGGAUAAUGCCCAGGAAGAAUCAAUGCAGUGUGAAACUAGGGAGGUGAACGAUUGGCUACUCAUUAACAUGCCUGAUCAAGCUGUUGAUGACACAGAUUUCGAUUCUGCUGACGAAAAAAGUCCAGAAUCAGAAGAUGAGUUGGAAGCGAUCCCUGAUGAUCAGGAAAACGAGGAAGAUGACAUUCUUACUUCAUUACCAUUGCUCUUAGGGCAAGAUAACCACGUCUGUGAUACAAUCUGCAUACAAAGUGUUGCCCUCAAGCGAAGCCUGGACAUGGCUACAAGGGUAGCCGUUCAAUCCAUCCUCAUCGAGGAAUGUUCAGAAAACUUUCAAGUAAUACCAGAAUCAUCGUACGUAAAUCAUUCAUUGUACUACCCCUCGGACUAUUGCCUGGUGAUGGCUCUAAAACAGCUCUUUCGAGAUCGGGUUAUCAAAUCUAGAAAAGUUAUAGCGGAACUUGAACAGUUGAAUCAUAAUCUGAAUCAGGUUUUGACGAGAAAAGCUCCAUUAACGAAUUCUUCACAGACGAUAGCUCAACCAAUCGUCAUACCACAACUUCCGAAGACCAAUGCACUGGCACCAAAAGAAGCUUUGCUGGUACAAAUCAAGCAGCUAAAACCAUCCCAAAAAGCUAUGCAACGAGAUACAAGAAAGUUAAAUUCCAGGUCGUAUUUGAAUCGGCAGAACAAAAACUACAUUUAUGAAUCAAGCGUGAAGACCAAUCGAAGGAGCAACUUGCAACGACAUCACUCAGGAGCGAAUAAUAAUCGCAAAUGUUGUUAAUUCCAUGCAUUGAUAAAAGGAAGUGCAUUUGAUGUCAAUUAAUAUUCAAAUACAUCUUACAAUAAUGUUUAAUAUUAAAAGGUAGUUCAGCUUAACCUCAUCAGUUCAAAUCCGGUGAAAGUGGUAUGCUAAAAAUCCUCAAGUAUCGUUUUGAAGUUUAUAUUCAACAUGCUUUAUCUGUAAAUGAGCAGUUCAUAAUUGCAGUAAAUUUUGUUCAUUGAAAGCUUCCUUAUUCGGUUUACAUGACCUAGUAAAACCAGGCAGUAUGCCCCCACACCCCACCAGGGGCGCCGACUUGGAAAAAUUAUUGGGGGGGCCGGAUGUCACUGGGGUUUAGGGAGUAUGUUAAAGCACGGAGCCCCCCCCCCCCGAAAAAAUUCAGAUUUUUGUGCCUUGAAAAUGCCAACUUACAUAUUUUCUGGUGUGUAUAAUUUAUACAAACAAACAUAUGUGACAGGGCGUUUUCAAAGUAAAACAAUCUAAAAAUUGGUACACAAAUUUUCUGCUUCAAUUAGAUCAUGUCACUUGCCUUAAGUGAGGGAUAAUUUUACAGUUCCAUUUUGUGGGGAGACGUGCAGUACCAUAGCUAGGCUACGGCACUAUACAAGGUAGUGCACUUGAGUUGCAUGGAAAGGCACUCCCAGUGGCACCGAUUCAAAACAACUAUUGGGGAGAGGGUACCAUAACGGGGGCCUUGCCAGUUGAAAUUUUCUAAAUUUGAGAUAAAAAAUAGUGAGUUUUAAAGUUUUUUAAGCAUUUUAGAGUCACAUGAUCAACAUUAGAACCCCAAAAACUCGACUCUCGCGUAAAUCGACACUCUGAGAAAAUCGACAAGACGACACAUUUUUUGGCUUUGAAAAAAAAAAGAAAAAAAUGGUAUUUUUGUGAAAAGCUAAUUUAAUUUACAGUAAUAAUUAUACUUUUAGUCUAUUAGCAGUGAAUAUAUAGCUCUGAAAAGAUUGAAAUGAUAUUUAAAUAAAUCUAAACUAUCAUUAAAAGAAUAAAGCAUAAAAGAUUGAUGUCGCACUUUGAUUACUAAAAGUGAAAUAACUAAUUUAAGCUUGCUUUGAAUAAGGCUCAGAGUUCAUUAAAUAAAAAUAAUGUCUCAAAAUUAAUGCUUUAAUAGAGUUAAAAAAGUUAAUAAACAGAUAACUUCAUUAACUCUAAUAAUUGAAGAAAACUAUCACGCCUUCCAUUAAAUGUACAAAUCAAACCCUGAUAUAUUUUUUCCAGAUCAGCAACACUUAUUUAGAUGAGAUAGCCGCCGACGACAGACUUCAUCCGAAGGUUUGCGCACUGGGACAAAUUCUAUGAGUGCUCUCAGCACCGUAACACUAUCCUUAUUCACACCACUCGUUUUCAAUUAACCUGCUUACUACAGCAAUAGUUAUUUGUUUUAAUUCAUUACUGAAUGUAUUUUACAAUGUAACUAUCUUCAAACAAGAAAAGUAAAAAAAUACCAACAUAAUUUUGUGAUUUUAGAAACCACAAUAUGACAAAUAAUGUUCUUAAAUUAUUGAGGGGGCUCUGCCCCCCAAAACAAACUAUUGAGGGGGCUCGGGCCCCCUCAAGCCCCAUGGAGUCAGCGCCACUGCACCCCACCCCCCUAAAUUUCUAAAUAUCAUUUUUAACAAAAUCUGUAAGGGCCCCUCUCCAUAUUUACGACGUCAGUAAGUCUCAGUGCUGUUUUUUUUUCCAACUUUUUGGCACCUCCCCCCCCCUUUACUACGGGGUUUGCAAGUGUGCAGAUAAUAUGGAGCAUUUUCUUGUAUUAUAUUUUAAUAUUAUUUGACAGAAUAUCAUCAGAUGAUUUUUUUUUCAAUAUAAAAAAAAUGUUUUCAAUUUCAAAAUUUGCUAUGCCUGGCAGGAAAGAAAGAGGUUUUUUUUUCAGCAAUAAGAAAGAAGUUUUAUGGUAUAAUUUUCUUGACAGAAAAUGCACUUCUUUAAUUAGCAAGAUUAGUAGAGGUGAUAUAAAUAUAACAGUCUUGUUCUUAUGUUUACAGCCAAUUUGAUGGACUUAAGUUGAAUUCAAAAAUGUUUAUUUUUCUUCUUGUUUUUGAGCAAUUACUAGAGCAUGAAAUUAUUAAUGAAUGUAUACAUAUUAUUUGUCACAGAAAGAUAUCAAAAUGUGGAAUUUUUUUCAGUUUGGUAGUUUACUGAUCAGCAGCAUAACCUAGCUGUAGCAUAUCAAAAAAGAUUUACAACAAUAAUUUUUGCUCAGAGACGGGAAUUUUUAGUAGUUACCCCAUCUCAAACAGCAGUUUUUGAAAUUUUAAAGAACUAUAUAAAGAACAUUAUUAAAACAAACUAUACAGUCAAUUUUUUAGCAAAAAAAAAAAAAAAAAUAUAUUAAAACCAAGAAAUAAUGAAACAAUCUGGAAGACACAUUGGAUUCAGAUGAUAUAUUUCUUUAAAUUUUAGAUUCUACUUAGUUAUUCAUCUACAAUAAAAUUAUUAAUCAGUUUCAGAAUUAAGAGAUUAAAUCAUCAGUUAACAAAUACAAAUUGCUCUUUCAGCUGUCAUCUAAUGAAAACGAAUAAUGAGCACCUGUAUUUGCUUAAGAACCAAACUUAUUUAAAUUGUUUUUAACUGUUGUUAUUUAGGGGGGUCAG